GCAUGCUAGGUUUGCCAAUUUAGCAAGCCAAAGCGGCCCUCCAGGGUCAGGGUUUCUACCUCCCAUCUCUUCUCUUUUAACCCUAUUUCUUCUGCAACUUUCUCAACCUUUAAUGGCGUCCUCCAGAACUAGAUCCAACGCACCGGUUCUCCCUUUGAAUCAAAACUACCAGAGAUCCCUUUCACCUACAGGGAGGCUCUCUACCCCCUAUUCUUCUCACUAUUCGUCAUCUGGUUUCUCUUCUCAUCGAUCUGCUUCUCCAACAAGAGUCAAUCUCUAUAACGGUGUUGCUAUGGCGCCUACUGUUCGUUUCUCUCUUGAUCGAUCGAGGUCACCGAGCCGAUCGAUCGCAGGUGUGAUGGUUUCUACUCGAGAUCGCGUUCUUAAGAAGCAGCAGAGCCCGAUUGGAAAUAGAACUCCUCCGCUUCAACCCAGGAGGACAUGCCUUUGUGCUCCUACGAAUCACCCUGGUUCUUUCAGGUGUAGCCUUCAUAAAGGAGGGUUCGGUGCCUCUAAUGCGAGACUUGAUGCCCGGAGGUCAUCGAUGGUGAACUCUCUGGUUCGAAUUGGCUCAGUUGAGGGAGAAUGGGUUCGUAGGGCCCUCACUGCUCUGAUAAGGCCAUCAUCGCACUCGCAAAAAAGGAGAAUGAGUUUUCAGCCUAGGCCUAGCAGGCUAUCUGUUAUGUCCAAGGCUGAUGAUGAUGGCUCUUAGAGAAAAGGUUUGUUCAUCGUGUCUUAGACCUUAUAAACCCUACUAAUCUUGGUUUUCCGGUGGAUAAAGCCUUAUCUCUACUAGAUCUGAUUUUCUGGGCGAAUUUUUGGCCGAAGUGUAUUUUCCGGUUAAUAUCCGGUGAAGCGUAAUUUUCCGGCAAAUCUCCGACCGAGCUGGAUUUUCCGGUUGAUCAGAUCAGUUUCCAGCGUAAGUUUCUAUUUUCUGGCGAAUUGGGUCCGAUUUGAGACGGAUCUUGACCUUUGCUCGAGAUCCAUAGGUGAAGCGGGCGGCUGUGAUCGUGUGAUGGUGUUGUAUUGCAGAGAGAUAAUGGAGUGAGAGAACUAGAGGUCCGUUAUCCGUUGCCGUUCCGCUAUACAUCGUGUUUUCCGUCGAGGGCGUUAUCCGUUCUAUUCGUUCGCUUAUACACACAUGGCGUAUCGUUCGGCUUCGUUGCGUGUGGCCUGUCCGUUUGGCCCUGUUCCGUGUGGCGUAUCUGUUCUCCUCCGUUGCGUUUCGUUCAGGUAAAUUUCGUUUCGUUAAAUUUUCGGUUUCGUUUUGAAGUAUUCAUCUGUGUUUUCGUUUCAAGUAUUCAUCUCUUUGGGACAACGCGUUUGGUGCAUUUCGUGUUCUGCUUGGGCAAACACGCGUGGCGUAUCUAUUUGCAUGCGUGUUGAGGCUCUCCACAACGGCUAAGAUUGUGUUGACGAUGGAGAAAGCGGGAAAUGAGGUUUUAAGAAGUUUGUGAGAAAAAAAUCAUUCGUCCCCAGGUGGUCGUUAUUAAAUAUUUGAGAAAUGGAAAUUCAAUAAAACGGAAGAAUUGGACGUGGUCGUCAUUAAAUAUUUGAGAAAUGGGAAUUCAAUAAAACGGAAGAAUUGGAAUUCGAAUAGAACGGAGAGAAAAGUUCGAGAUCUUGGAAAUGGUUGAAUGAAUCUACGGAUGAAGAUUAAUUGCUUAGAUUUCAUGUGCGGUAUCUUGGAAGGAGGAAUUAAUACGUUUAAGACUGGAAAUUGAAGCCAAAAUUGAUGGGAGAAACUUUAGCCACAAGUGAUUUUUUUGAGGGACAAGCCUGCACAAGAAGACAAGGAGAUGAAUUGAGGAACGGAACGUUUUGAGAAACGGAACCAAAAAUAAUAACGGGUUGAAUCAACAACCGAAAGGACUUUUUAAUGGUGAUAAAAGAGAAAAAUACUUUGAAAUACAAAAUGUUAAAAUGAGCCUUUCAAAAAGAGGUGGACUUGAACUGGAAUUGUCAAAAAAAUGAACCAACUUUUGACUUUUAACUAGGAGAUUAUAGUGCGGUCUUUUAUUCUGCCACCUAAAAUAGGGUGGCAAUAUGGAACCCCUGCAGGGGCCCUGGUUAGUCCCCAUGGAAUUAAGUGGAUUAUAGAAAAAAGGUCUGCCUUCAAAUAAUUUCUAUGGCCCCAUGGAAUUAACUGAAUUAUAGAAAAAAUGACUCCCUUCAA